GAAGUGACAAGACAGCUCAGAGCGCUCUGUGUCAGUUUGAUGACUUUUCUCCAGAACAAUGAAUAUCCAGCCUCUUCUGCUCUGCUGCGUCACAUAUGAGUUGUGUGGGCUCAUCAGUGCACAGGUUAUAUCAGUAACAGGAACUGAAGGACAAGGCAUCACAGUGCGAUGCCACUUUUCUUUCUCUGGAAACAGGAAGUUCUUCUGUAAGGAAAAUUGCAAUCCAGACAAUGUUCUUAUUGAAACAUCUGAGGAAAAAGCACAAAAAGGCAAAUAUAGCAUUGAAUAUGAAGGUACAGUGCAUUCUCCUGUCCUGUUUGUGACCAUCAAGCCACUGACCAUGUCUGACGCUGGGCGUUACAAGUGUGGUAUGAGCAGGUUCUUUGGGAAUUCAGAACAGGAGGUUAAACUCAUUGUUAAAGCUGCUCCAACUACCAGCUCACCCAGCUCCACACCUUCGACCACUCUGUCUCAAGGCAGCGAAGCCUCGGUCUCUGACACACGCUCAGAGCACUUCCUGCCUCUGGUUGUAUGUGUUCCUGUGGUCGUUUUGUCUUAA